UAUUCUUUUCUUAGACUUAAGUUUCUAUGUAAGUUUCCUCUUUCCCUUUCCUUCCCCACCUCUUAUUCCAACUGCAACUUCCUCACUUUUGCCUCUCCACCAAAGCUCUGUCCAAAUUGACUUAUUCAUCAUGUAUAUAUAUAUAAACCUUAUGAAACCUCAUAUCUCCCACAUCUCAUCCAAAACAUUUAUUUCAUUCAUUUUCUAAGUAUAGUCUAAAUCUAACAUGACUGGAAGCCACUUAUAUUGUCUUAUAACCAUGGAGAAGAGUUCCUUGUCCGAAUGCAAACACUCUUCUUCUUCUUCUUGUUUCCCUUUGUUUGGUCUGAUCGAUUUUUUCCUCAUCAGUUUUUUAAAAUGGGUUUCUCUCGCUCAGAUCUUUUUCUCCAGAUCUUGUCCUCUUCUUGCACACCAGCAAUGUGUUUCCGAGAAGAAGAACAAAGAUCUCGAGGUCCAGAGCUCCGUCAAACAUGAUGAUGGUCUUUUCAGAGAAGAUGCAGAGAUGGUGAUGAGAAGCUUAGGACUUCUCACCGACUCAGAAAGCGAGGGACUUCAGAAACGUUACAGUUCGGAGGAGCUUUCGAAGCUGUUUGAAGAGAAAGAGCCGAGCUUGGAGGAAGUGAAGCAGGCUUUUGAUGUCUUUGAUGAAAACAGAGAUGGGUUUCUUGAUCCAAUAGAUUUGAAGAGAGUUUUGACAGUCCUUGGGUUAGAGCAAGGAUCUAACCUUGAGAACUGCAGGAGAAUGAUCAGAUCGUUCGACGGAAACAAAGAUGGAAGAAUCGAUUUCUAUGGAUUUGUGAAAUUCAUGGAGAAUAACUUCUGCUGAAGUCAUAGUUUCUUAAGUAAUAAUCUAUCAACUUCUGCACACCUUUUUUUUUUUCAACUUCUUGCUUUAAGAUAACGUCUGUUAAUAUGGUUUUCUCAUCACCUUCUUGUAAAAAUUAUUGAAGUUUAAUAUCAAAAGCUCAUAUAGAGCACAAAAACAAUGAGAUGAGGAAUCAUUGCCA